AACACGUCCGGUUUACUCUCGGCACUCAUUUGUCGACACAAAGAGCCCACAAUGGUGGGUUAGCAGCGUCGGAACGCCCUAAAAGUCACUGUACACCCUACCUAAGUCUUUCCUACAUUCCCCAUGAACGCAAACGACAUUGCUAGAGCAGCGUUCACGCUACAAGAAGGAUACACAUCGAUAUUUUGUUUGAUCGACUUCCCCUACUACAUCCUAGUGCUCCUCGUCGUCAUUGCGUCACUGCUUCUCGCCUUUCGUCUAGUCGAACAAGUCGCAAGAAGACUGGUGGCAGAGGUCUGGGGACUGUACCUGAUCUUAUCCAGACUUGAGCAAUGCGAGAAACCGAAAGAACGCGAAACGGGAAAGGUUCCCACCUCCUUGUUGACAUCUGGCAAGCCAUACGAUGCACAUCCAGAUCAACACGAUCGCAAUCAUCAGGAGGUUGGCAGAGGUGAUGUGGCGCCUCAAUCGAAUGUGUCUUACACGUUUCUUGUACGAGAUUGUCAUUAUGUGGCGGCCGGAAACAAUCCGACAAUCGAACAUGUUACAAAAUCGGAUUCUCUUUCCGCAUCCGGUGAAAGCGGAAGUUCUCUAGACAAUCAAGGACACAAUGCACACUUGUGUUCUGUGACCAGCAAGAAGUUACAGUAUCUUGAUCAAGAGUGGUUUAAACCAGCAGCUGAUCAUCUCUUGCAUAUGUUGACAUUGUGUGACAAGUGGGUUAGUUAUGACUUUCUCUCUGGUCUUCGUUUUGCAGGAGAUGAUGGAAACACACAUCUUACUGACACGAUCGCCCAUUUUGGAAAUGGAAUCGUGGAUCAGUGUCUUAUCCCUUUGCUUCAAAGAAGGGGGACAGUUAAGACUCACGUGAAUAAUGGUAAGAUGGAGGUUGCCAUUGUCGACCAGAACAUUCGGGCUAAUGUCGGUGGAGCUCCAGCUGCUCUUCCUCCCACUAGACUACAGAGAGAUGCAGCAGUGACGUUACACUCUCUGUUGUUUAUGUCGCUCACAUUGCAGCCGAGCAAUACUUCACUGUCUGUGCAUGUAGAGUCUGUCAGACAUGCCAGAUACUUGCUUUCUCUUGUGCACAAGAUCGAGGGUUUACUCACACCAAAGUGUCUCAUUCCAUUGACACUCAAGAUGAUCGAACCAGUUGCACGAUUUGUGGGCAUGACAGAAGCUGACACAUAUGCCAGCUACUGCCUGGGACUGUUGCUGUCAUUCUGUUUGUCUCAGGUUUGCAUCACACCACAGAUCGAUCCUUCCCUGCACAGAUUACAUCUAGUGGAAGCAAACCUGCUUCGUGCUCGACAGCAGAGGCGGCUCGGGGAUCCAAAGACAUCCGUUCAGUUUCUCGACGCUGCUGAGAAACUGUUCUCUGACAUUCCAUCAUACAUUUGUGAUAGCGACUGUCUACUGUCGUUUCAAAUAGUAGUGACUCGUGCUGAGACUCUGUCAUAUUGGGGCCACUAUAUAGAGGCACAAGCUUGCCUGCAGAGCAUCGUAACGUCGGUGGAUGCCGUGAAUGUAAGUCAUCAGUGCUAUUACUGGACUACUCGAGGUGGCGUUUGUUUCUACUUGAGCGAUUAUGAACAGUCGGAGGUGUGCUACCAGCAUGCUAUAAAAUGUGCCGAAGAGGGUAAUCUAGACUGCUACCAGAAAGCCCUUAUAUUUGUUCUGGCGGCAAGAGUGCCGACUAAAUUCCAACCAAGAGAUGACAGCAAGGACUAUGCCUUUGCUCAGUUAGCUAUCGCCGAGAAGCAAUGCAUAGCUGCUCGAGACCUGCUGAGCUGCCAUGUUGGAAGGCAUCGAAUUUUGGGGGUUCUCGAUCGGACAUGGGCUAUGAUAUUUACUGCCAGAGCGAUUCUAUCACACUCAUCAGAACAAGGCAUUCUGUUGCUGCAGGCUAUCCAGUAUGCCUUUAAUGCUCUGGUGUGUCUGAUGAAUGAGUACGGAGCGAGGAAUGUAAAUGUGGCAAUGACUGUACAACUGGCGGGUGAUAUAGCUGCCCAUGCGGUCAACGUACUCGAGCACGACAAACACAGACAGAGUGUUAUGCUAAAAGUGAAGCAGAUGUAUGGAUACUUCUCGAGUGCUACAAAUCAGUCAGAUCCACAAUGCGAAUCUUUACAAGACAUAUCGCAGUGUUUCUAUAGACAAGCCUUCUCUGUGUAUGAACAGUGUUACAGUAGCCACCCAGCUUGUGCUACUAUUAUGUCUGUGUUGAAAUAGUUUGAGACUGAGCCACUUCAUUGUUAUACUUUAGAGCCUCUAGGUCAUAUAUAUAUACGUCUUAUAGCUUUUGGGAGAAAUUGAAUGUAGCCUAGAGGUUAACUUGGAAGCAGGUUGAAUUGAACUAUUACAGCAACUCCAG